CUUACUUGUGGCUUUGUCUCGCUUGACGUUUGACCUCUCGCAUUGAGCUUCGUAAAUUAGUCUUUCCCAGCCCCUUAUCAUGUCUUCGACGGCGCGCAGACAGGCGCCUCGACCCGCCAGGCCCGCAGCUCGGUAUUGGAAGGGCAAAGCUCCCAAAGGUGCCGCUGAACUCCCAUCAUCCGAGGAAGAAGAUGAGGAUGAAGUUCAGGAGGUUGGGGAAGAGGGAGAUGUACCAUUAGGUGGCGAGCAGCUCAUCAGCGGAAUGGGAGACGGAGAGGGCGAGGACGACGAGGACGACGAAGGUGUGUCACGGACAAAAGGAAAGAAGGUAGGAAAGAUGAGCGUAGCUCUGCGAGACGUGAAUAUCUCGAAGGAGGGUAAGGUAAUAGUUGGGGGGAAAGACGAGGUAGGGAGAACUGCGCUAGAGGUCGAGUCAUCGGAGGAAGAGAGUGAGGAUGAAGCAAAACCUCGGAUAGCAGGUCAAGCUGAGGGCUCGGAAGAGGACUCGAGUGAAUACGAAACUGAAUCAGAGGAGGAGGAGAAGCCCAAACUUCAAUUUAGACCUGUCUUUGUCCCGAAGCGUGGUCGGGCUACUGUCGCGGAGAAGGAGGCCAUAGUGCUGAGCACCGAAGAAGCGCAAAGAAAGAAGGAAGAGGAGGCAGAGGAGCGGAAGAAGCAGAGUCACGACAUGGUUGCUGACAGUAUUCGUCGCGAACUGGCCGAAAAGGAGAAGGAAGAAGAGGCCCCUGACGUCGAUGAUACGGAUGGUCUUGAUCCCGCGGCAGAGUUUGAGGCAUGGCGUCUCCGUGAACUUGCCCGAAUCAAACGCGAUAAAGAAGCUGAGGUCGCGAGAGAACAGGAACGGGAAGAGAUUGAGAGGCGACGUGCGCUACCCGAGGAACAACGAAUGAAGGAAGAUCUGGAGCGCGCUCAGAAACUCAGAGACGAGAAACCUAAGGGCAGUCAAGUAUUCUUACAGAAAUACUGGCACAAAGGUGCUUUCCAUCAGGAUGCGGACAUUCUCAAACGACACGACUUUACGGAGAAGACAGAGUCAACAGUCGACGUGUCUGCUUUGCCUCAGGUCAUGCAAGUGAAAAACUUUGGUAAACGUGGACGAACGAAAUACACACAUUUGCUGGACCAAGACACCACGGCUGGCAACGGCGGUUUCGGCGCUGCAGGUUCCGUUAAGAGCGGUGGAAAAUCGACAGAUGGCGGAGGAUGUUUCCUCUGUGGCGGCCCUCAUCUCAAGAAAGAUUGUCCACAAAAUACUGGACCUCCCGGAAGACCUGGUACAGGAGCAAAUGCAGCCGGAGACAAGGGUUCGUGGCGUGAUCGAGACGAUGGAUACGCUCCUCGGAAUCGGGAACGAGACGGAGAUGGAGGGCGAGGUCGCGACUCGGGCUAUGGGGGACGAGGAGAGUCAUAUAACGACCGUGAUCGCCAUAGAGGAUCCGACAGGGAUGGCCGACAUGGGAGGGAUGAUAGUGGAGGGCGAGGGUACGGGCGAGGAGGUAGAGAUGACCGUGACCGGUCGCCUAGGGGUGAGAGGCGGAGAGGAGACGACGAUGGUCGAUGGAAGGAGAGGAGGAGAUCACGGUCGAGGGAAGGUGAUUAUCGACGAGAGGAGAAGAGACGCGAACCACCUUUUUUGAACUCACCCGAACGCCGUAUUACCGUAUUUCCCAUGUCGCAAGACAGACGUACUGUCAAGGUUGCCAUCAUAGGCAGCGGCCUAGCUGGUCUCAGUGCUGGGUACUUUUUGUCGACUUCGAAGGACCGGCGACUGGAAGGAAGCAACGUAGACGUCGAGGUCCAUUUGUUUGAGAAGGCGUCAGCGCUCGGAAUGGACUCACAUUCCGAAACGUUUACUCUUCCGAAGUCUUCCUCGUCGUGGCGAGUCGAUGUUCCGAUGCGUUCAUUCCAGGGUGGAUAUUACCCACAGCUUAUCGCCCUUUACAAACACCUCGGAGUCCUAUUUCGUGCAACCGACUUCUCCUAUUCAUUCUCCUAUAUCAACACCGUCCAUUCGAAGCCGAAACUUAGGCCCAGUAUUAUCUAUGGUGGUGCCUCCGGUCGUGGCGGAAUCAGCAUACCUACAUCUCUGCACACCUACGAACACUCACCGUACGGCCCAGCAAGAGCAAUCGGUUACCUCACCUGCAUAUUUGCCUUCACUUUAACGAUGGCCGUCCUACUAUGGAACUUCCUCCGUCUACAAUUCUUGUCAGUACCAUGGUUCCGUCACAGGGAUAUCUCAGACUUGAGCUGGUCAGCCUGGGCAGAACGGACGACUCCCAAUAGCUGGGCGUCCAGGAAAUUAGGAAUGGACGAGCGAUGGCGGAUAUUUAUUCGCGAUAUAUGUUUACCGCUAUUUUCUGCGGUCUGUACGUCCUCCCAAGAGGACGUUCUGAAUCACCCAGCGGAAGAGUUUCUUGACUUUAUUUGGCUGACCUUCGGAACACACCACUACGUCGUUUCGAAUGGCGUUCGCGACGUCGUGGCCCGCCUUAGCGCACCUAUCCCGUCCUCACAGAUCCAUCUCGGCGAACCAACCGUUGCUCUCCUUCCACACCCCACAGAUCCAGGCCUCGCAUCCGUUGUGACCUCGAAUGCACACCAGCUCACCGUUCACGAAGGUUUUUCUCACGUCAUCUUCGCCACACAGGCAAACCAUGCGGCCCCCAUAGUAUCUAUCUACGCCGAUGCCCUUAGUGACAAGAAAGGAGAGGCAGGCCCAGCGCUCAGAGCAAAAGAGCUGACCGACUGUCUGAAGAAGUUCGAGUAUAGGCAUACGAUUGUAGUGAACCAUACAGACGGGUCAGAGAGCAUGCUGCCUUCCGACCCACGGGAUCGAAGAGACUUAAACCUCGUCACCACAAUCACAGCAACAGACUUAGACUUGAAAAGGUCGAACGUCGUCCCGUCUACAUAUACUCAAACUACACACAUGCUACCGCGGCCGCCACACAUACCACCAGGCCCGUUGUCGAUCUAUCAGACGACUAAUCCUAUAUAUCCACCGGAACCUGGGAGCGUACUCUCCGUCGCGCGGUUGGAACGAGCGCUCUUGACGCCGGAAUCGAAAGAAGCUGUCCGAAUGCUCUCUGUGCCGCCAUCACCAUUGUCAGUGGUACAGUCGGCCCGUCGGUGGGCAUUCGGAGAAACGAAGCGGACAGCGAGGUUAGGAUCGUUGCAAGGAGCGGCGAGAAGGGAUGCAGUGGAAGAGGGCAGAACGGCGGUUGGCAUUUGGGUGGUAGGAGCGUAUGCAUAUCAGGGUAUUCCGUUGUUAGAAGGGUGUGUGGCGGGGGCGAGGGACGUUGUUGAGCAGGGCGUGUUGGAGUGCGAAGGUGUUCGGAUAUCUAGGGGCUGGUAUUGA